AUGCUUGUUCAUUAUCUUCUCCAUUAUUUCCUUCUUGGAAUACUACUUUCCAAGACUGUGUCUGCAUUUUCACUAAAGUCGCAACCAGAAUACAUAUAUGCAAAAGUUUUGUACGUCACCAAUAAAGAUGAAAUACAGAAUACGGACAUUGACGAGCAAAGAACAUACUCUGGUGGUGACGUUGUAAAGACCAUCGGUAAUUCAGCUCCUGUGUCAAGAUCAGGGAAUACGGGCGUGCUAAUACCCGUCUCUGGUCUCUGCAGCACUAUAACAGUGAAAGACCCAUACGACGUUGAUUUGAUGGCCAUCUUCGAAUCCGAUUCGAAUUGUUCUCUGACCACUCAACUCACCAACCUUAGAAAUGCCCAACCCGCUGUAACUGGUGCAAUAGUUUACAGCCCUCUAGGUUACAUACCCGACGAUCAAUCUGUUCUGUCCGACCAAGUAGAUGUGGCUGCAUAUUAUGUCACUAAAGAUAUAGCUGACGAGUUGAUUAACUUGAGGAAAAGAUUUGCAGACAACUCUUCGUUUAUAGGGGUGCAAUUAGUUGUUGCAUUAUAUCCUAGCUCUGGAAGUAUUUCCAUGAUCUUGGAAGUUACUUUUAUUGGGAUAUUGGUUACCGUUUUCUUUGCGUUUGGACUUUCAUAUCGUUUCCGUGUGAACGAUCCAACGACGACUCCACAAACAACUCUUGGAAAUACUACCCAAAGCGAAAAACUCGACAAAUCCAUACUCGACACGUUUCCCACUCGUAAAUUUGUUGCUGUUGCUGAUGAUGAUGACGCGGAGAACAAGGCUGAUACCAAAUCUCGAGGAAAUGGAGGGAAUGUACAUAAAAUUUAUUUAUCGGAUUCAAGUAGAACAUCAAAUUCUAGCAAUAUCACUGCUCUGCUGGAACAGAGAGAAAACGGGAAAGGAGCAAGGGAGAAUAGAGAUGGGCCUGGAAGCGAGAGUGAAACGGACAUAUCUUUUAGUACGACUGAUCUCUCUAAUUCGAGUGGAGAUUCUAGUGAAUAUCCCAGUGAAAAUUCUAUAUCAGAUAAUCAAGAAAAUGAAAAUUCACGACAGUCCUUACCGCCAAAUACAGAACAACCUGGUUCCACUUUAGACACACUUUCCGCCAGUGAAAAAAUAAUCCAGACCGCAUCUAAUCCAAAGGAGGAGACAACAACAGACAUUGUUGUUCCCUUUAACGAUGAAAAGUCGCAAGUGGAUCCAAAAAAAGAAAGUGAUUCGUCGUAUGUGCCCCAUGUGCAUGUUCAUAUGAUAUCGAACACCACAUGCGCUAUCUGCCUGGAUGAUUUUGUUGAAGGUGAUGAGGUGAGAUGCUUGCCUUGUGAACACGAGUACCACACAGAAUGUAUUGACCCAUGGUUGACAGAAAAAUCUUCAAAGUGUCCACUUUGCAAGUUUGACUGUAGACCUCCAAAGGUCUUGGACGAAUCAGAUAGCACAGCUGACAAUGACCAGUCAUCGUCUGCCUCAUCAUUGUCGCACCAAUAG